UGAGAAGGACAAUGCUGCAAACUUUACUGGAUCAAAUGACUUGAAUGGCACUGCCAAUGUGAGUUAUGUCUUCAUUUCUAAGUCAUUUGAAAACACAACUGAAUACUUCGUUGAAGAAACUUAUUAUGCUUAUUGCUGCAUUCUGGGGUUCAUUGCUUGCUCAGUAUUUCUUCAAAUGAGCUUCGAACUCAAAGUUCUCCUGCUGUCCAUUGCUGUAACUGUAUACCUCAUCAUUUUUAAUACCCUUCCAUAUAGAAACACGAGUGUCUCUGUCAACGUUACCAGGCUUUUCAUUGAAGAGCCAAGAAUAAUGAUUAAUAUAUAUCUGGUUCUGUUUUACAUAACCCUAAUAUUACUUGCAAAGCAGAUUGACUAUUACUGUCGACUGGAUUGUCUGUGGAAGAAUAAGUAAAAAGAACAUGAGCAGUUUGAAACAAUGGAGAACGUCAACAGGCUUUUACUGGAAAAUGUACUUCCAGCACACGUCGCUGCCUAUUUCAUUGGUGAAAAGCGAAAUGAGGACUGGUACCAUCAAUCUUAUGACUGUGUCUGUGUCAUGUUUGCAUCAGUGCCAGAUUUUAAGGUGUUUUAUACCGAGUGCGAUGUCAAUAAAGAAGGUCUGGAAUGCUUGCGACUGCUGAAUGAAAUCAUUGCUGAUUUUGAUGAGCUCUUGUUAAAACCUAAAUUCAGUGGUGUUGAAAAAAUAAAAACAAUUGGAAGCACUUAUAUGGCAGCAGCUGGCCUCAGUGUCACACCAGGCCAAGAGAACAACCAGGAUAAGGAGAGACAACAUGCACACAUUGGGAUUAUGGUGGAAUAUGGAAUUGCCUUGAUGAGUAAACUGGAUGGCAUCAACCGACAUUCCUUUAACAACUUCCGAUUACGUAUUGGGAUAAAUCAUGGUCCUGUGAUUGCUGGUGUAAUUGGUGCCCGGAAGCCUCAAUAUGAUAUCUGGGGUAACACCGUUAAUGUUGCUAGCAGGAUGGAGAGUACAGGGGAGCUUGGAAAAAUCCAGGUCACAGAAGAAACGAGUAGAAUACUACAGGACCUGGGAUAUUCCUGUGAAUGUAGAGGACUCAUUAAUGUCAAAGGAAAGGGAGAACUGAGGACUUACUUUGUUUGCACCGAGACAGCCAAAUUCCAAGGUAUUGGACUGAACUGAGGCUAAGACAAAGUUAAUGCAAGUAGACUUUGAACUGCCUCCCUUCUGUGAAGACUUAGAACUUCCCUCCUUAUGUGAAGGAGAUUAUUGUAAAAAUAUAUAGAUAGUAUUCAUAGUUCUUCUGCAUCGAAAGAUAGGAGAAUGUGUGUGUUUUUGGUGUUUAUUUUUUUCAAUUUUUUUUAUCUUCGAAAGAAGCUCUGAAAAGUUCCUAGCAAACCACCAGUCUGAAAAAGACUGCCUUUUCCUGAAAGGAUUUCAGGAUUUACCUGGAAUUGCCGUGAAGCAUUCUCUGUUAGUUCCUUUCUUUACUUGCACUGUGAGAGUCUAAUAGCUCCAGUAACAAACUACGUGGAUGCACUGUUGAACUCCUUUCCUGUUAAAAUAUUCCACUGCUUCAUUUUUUGUCACAUAGCACACAGUAUUGCAUUUGUCACAGACGUAUUGAGAUGAUACUCCAGGCGCCGCACAUCCUGCUGUUAAUGCUAAACAAACUUCAUGGCAGAAGACGGCAGGAUAAUGGAAAGAGAAAUACAAGUAAACUCUGAGCUAAGCGCCUUUGAGGUGGAAAAAAAAGAAGUAAUUGCACAGAUUUGGAUGACUUCUUCAUUAUCUUCUCCUCCUCCAUUGCAGUAUCAUGUAUUAUGCAAGUGUUUUCCUAACCAGCAGCUGUCCAGAAAUCUUUCAUCUAGUUCAGGGUGUUUACAUUAUAUAUGUUGCCCCUUGUGUUUAUUUGCCUCUGUAUUUAGCACCUGCAUGCAUAUAUUGUACAGUCAUAUAGGAGAAUGGUCUUUAAAAAUCCGGCUUGAAAUUUCAAAAAAAUAUACCUAAUGCAGUUUAUGCUGAAUGCUUGGUUAGACAGACUCUGGUACCAGCUUCUAGUAGUGACAUCCAGCUGGAAUUCAGCAUACUGACUGCAUUCUUGAAUGUUUUUGUAGAAGAAAAUAAUCUGUUUUGAAUUAUUUGGAAGCUGAAAAACGGAUCUAAUAAAAUAGUAUUAGAAACGGUAGCAGAUACUGUAUAAACAGAGCUGCAGCUGAGAUGAAUUUUCCUUUUUUUAAUUUUUUUCUAUUUUGUUUCUUCGAUUUGAUUGGCUUCUUGCUGAUUUACAUUCCUUCUAAAGGCAAUGCAGUUUAUGAAACAAUUUGGUUUUGAAGAUUACAAAAGGAUAUGUGGAAAAACACAUUCAUAAUGGAAAUGCUUGAGCAGAGCCUCAAUGCUGAAAAGUAGGCUUAGUGCAUUGGUAAGGUGAUCACAGAAAUUGGCUUGCUGUAAGUUGGUUUGUAAAGUUUUUAAGGUGUUAACAGUUAAAGCAAAAGUCUAAAUUAGCCUUUACCUACUUACAAUCAAUCUAUCUUCUGUUGGUGGAGAUGACCAUUUUUUCUAAUGAUGAGAUCUUGUGGCUAAAUAUAUGUAUUAACUACGGAUGCGUUCUCCCCUUAUCCCUUUGUAUGCCAUGGAGUAUGACUAAACAGCACAGUGAUUAAUAAAUGCAACAUCUGCUUUGUUAAGCCUUACUCUUUUACAAACAGCAGCAUCUACUAAUUUGAGGGGUUCAUACUAAAUUAUACUGGAAAAGAUUUUAACAAGCAGUCAUAUACAUUACUGCCACUUUCUAAUUACUGUGUAAUUUCUUUAGGGAAUGAAGUGACUGUUUCAUGUCCAACUGUGGAUUUUAAAAAUUGUACUUAGAGUCUUUGUCAAAUUGGUAGGUCAAAACUAUGUUUGUAGUAAUUCUCCAACAGAAAAUAGCAGGCUAGAAAACCUUAGUUUGAGGUUGUCAGGCUCAUGUAUGGACUCUGCUGAGGAUGGAAGCUUCAUACUUAGUGUCUUCUCAGUAUCAGGUCAGUGUUGUAAUAGAAUAAACUCUCAAAGAGCUUUUGCUACUCUUGUACGAUGUGUGUUUGUAAUACCAGAUGCUCAACAAGCAUUUAUUUUGAGAUAUUUAUUUAUUGUGUUAUAAGGACCAUGCAUGUGUGAAAGACUCAGCAGUCUUUCAUGUCAUAUGGUAGUUAGGUGAAGUGGCUAUUUGCCUUGUUAAUAUAUUUUGAAAAGUGCAUCAUGCCUAUAGCUAGAGCUGGCUCUAAAGUUCACAGGACUAGUAGAAUUUAGAUGUAAGUUAUCUAUGGAAAAAUAUUGACUGUCACUAACAGCAUUUUGAAAUGCUUUUGUUUACAUUGUAUUGCCUGUCAGGCUAGUGACUUGCUUGGGCAUACCUUAACCUAUAGAAACCUGUUGCUUCUGAACUGGAAUUAGUAAGUUUUUUUGUUGUUGUUUUAAAAGGACAUUGUGUACUGCUCACUGAAUUUUAGUUUGGGUAACAGAUUUAUGUAAA